GAGUGUUGUUCUAAGGAAUUGUCCUUCUUAUACUUGUAAACAAACCAACAAGUGAGAUGACUGGAGGAAAGGUUGAUUUUGCGUUAAUUAGGGAGGCUACGCGAAUAGACCUCGUCAAAUUGCUGGACAAGCUACCUGGCACGAAAGCAAUUGUAUGGGAUGAGCAGUUGGCAGGAGCUUUCAGCCAUGUUGCUGAUUAUGCAUUUCUCAAGUCUCAUGAUGUAUCCAAAAUGUUCUACAUCUGCCCUAAGAAGCUCCCGGCUUACAAUGUUGCCCACAUGAUUUUCUUGUCGCGACCUCAAACCAAACUCAUGGAUGCCAUCAACCAGCAAGUCAGGAUGGAGGAGAUUCAGGGCGGCAACAACAAAAAGGAGUAUCAUUUGUGGCUUGUUCCGAGAAUCUCCUUGCUGUGCGAGCGUCGUCUUCAGGAGCACGGCGUCCAUGGGUCCUUUAGCUCCAUCAGGGAGCUCCCCCUCCUGCUUUUCAGGCUCGAGUCCGAUCUUGUUUCCAUGGAAUUGCCAAUGUGUUAUAGGGAUCUUCAGCUGGAUAGUGACCCUAGCGGCCUCUUCCUGGUAGCCGAGUCUCUCAUGUCCAUCCAGGGCAUCUUCGGUCUCAUCCCUAACAUCUAUGGCAAGGGACAUGCUGCCAAGCAAGUGUACGAGCUGAUGGUGCGCAUGAGGAGGGAGAUGGGUGGUAAUGAACCACAGGUGACUCCGCAGAUAGACCAGCUAAUUCUUAUUGACCGCUCAGUUGACCUCAUUACACCCCUUGCAACACAACUCACAUAUGAAGGCCUUAUAGACCAGUUCUUUCAAAUAAGCAACUGCACAGUAAAACUACCUGGAGAAAAGUUUGCACCAGCGACCACAGACUCCAGCACGUCCGAUGACUCUGCCUUUCAGGAGACCAAGACUAUUCACUUAUCAUCAUCUGAGGCUCUGUUUGCUGAGAUUAGAGAUUGCAACUUUUCUGCUGUUGGCCCCAGGCUCUCUCGCCAUGCAAAGUCUGUUGUAGCACAGUAUGAGGAACGGCAUGCUGCUAAGACUGUUGGGGAACUGAAGCAGUUUGUCCAACGUAUCCCACAGAUGGAGGUGUACAAGCAGUCAGUAGCCACACACACAACAAUCGCAGAACUCAUCCAAGAACAGACAGCCUCAGGAAAUUUCCGACCUGCACUACAACUUGAGCAAGAGUUCCUCAAAGGUUUAGACACAGAUAAGGUGAAUCCAUUCAUCGAGGACUGCAUUGCUCAAAAGGAACCAUUGGAAGUGGUCUUAAGACUGAUCUGCCUACAGUGUAUAGUAAACAGUGGUUUCAAACCCAAAGUGUUGGAGCAGUACAAGCGAGAGAUAAUACACACAUAUGGGUUUGAACACUUCCUCACUCUGGAGAACUUAGAAAAGGCUGGCCUUCUGCAUGUUCAGCAAGGACGCAGUACUUAUGCAACUAUAAGGAAAACCAUGCAGCUCACGGUUGAUGAUGUCAGUGAGCAUGACCCUACAGACAUGUCUUACGUUCACUCUGGGUAUGCUCCUCUAAGUGCCCGUCUAGUGGAAUUCCUGCAGUCGCCAGGUUGGAGAGCAAUUACUGGUGUACUACAGCUCCUUCCAGGGCCAACACUCACUGAAACACAGCAGCUACCAAGUGCACUCAGGCAGAGAAGAGGCUCAGGAGGUUCCGUUCAGAGUGGAGGUGAAGGGGGAACUGCUUUAGUUUUCUUUAUCGGUGGAUGCACAUAUUCAGAGAUUGCUGCCUUGAGAUUCUUAACUUCCAGGGUUGACCAAGGAGGUCCAGAGUACGUGAUAGCAACAACGAAAAUAUUAAAUGGAAGUUCAUUUCUUCAAUCACUCUCUGAAGAACUUGUCCCAUAGAAGGGAAGCAUGUACAAGGGAAAUUAUACUAAUUUCUCAUUAAGAAGUUAACAAGAUUAUUGUCUUCUUUUAUAUUAACUUUCACACAUUCCUUUCAAUUUAAUGAAUUUGAAAUUAAAUAUUUCUGAUGUUAAAAAGAUGCAAUAUAAUGACAGUUCCUCUUUUGUUCAUUGUUAUCAGCAUAAGUCAAUGAUUGUUGCUUGAGGAAAGAGAAGAAUCGUAAAAUAUGUAUAUUUGUUGGCCUUUUUAUAUAUACUGACUGCUUGCCAUUUAAUGGUCUAGUAGUACACAUCUGACUAAUUGUAUGAUACUCAAACUCUAAAAUAGGUGCUCUUGGUAUUGAAACUAUGAUAAUAACAGGAGUUUGUGAUUGCUGAAAAUAUGAUCAGUAUCUGAAUCCUUUGAUAAUUGUACUCUAAACAAAUUAUAUGAUUUAUACCAGAUUAUAGAAUAUCCAGAAAUAUGCUUGUAUCUAAAGUAUAAUUUCUUUCUA